GCUGCAUACCAGAACCCGUUCGCAGCGUCGUCCCAGAGGCGAAGAUUGUGCCCACAAGAGCCUUCUAUCCCGCCCUCGCAGCAGUCUCUGGCGCCUUGCCGCGCCAGAACGCGGUGCCAACCACGACAUCGGACAGUUGGACCAGCCUGCAUUCUGCGGACCAGGAUUCGGGACAUACAUUCUGAAGCCGCUCACCAGCCAACACCGUUGGGUUCAGAUCUGAAUUUGCCACCGCCUACAACCAUGGCCUCCGAGACGAUCACGCCCCCCGGCCUCGUGCAGCAGCGCUGGACCUUCAACGCGACGCUCGACGGGCUCUUCCUCCACCUGCCCGGGCGCGUCCACGUCCGCUACGACCAAGCGGCCAACGCCAGCGCCGUCGUGACGGCUUCGGCCACGUCCGCAGACCUCCUCGCCCUCGUGCUCGCGAGCGUGGGUAACCGUAGCUUUGACACGCACAUUGAGAUCGACGGCGUUGAGUUGCCAGUGCCCGGCCCCCACCCGGUCCUCAACAUCACGACCGGGCACCCGGACCACGUGACGCGUGGCGCGCUCCUCGUCGACGUGGUGCUCCGGUCGCCCGUGACGUACCUCUCGACGCACGCCGAGACGAUUGUGGAGGCGGGCGCGUUGGCGACAAGCGACGCGACAGCGGCACUCGAGCUCCGCGCGUAUGACGCCGGCGCCAUCUUUUACACGGACACCACCGGCGUCCGCGUCCAGAGCCUCAAGCUGGAUGCCUCCGACGCGGCGACGAUCCAAAUUGUGACGCCGUCGGUCGACGUCGGGACCAAGCUCUCGAUCGACGCCGACGACAGCAGUCGCGUCGCGGUUACGGCCAACACCACGUCGGCGGCGACGCUCAAGGCGAGCGCGAGCGACGCCGGCGCCAUCUACCUGCACUCGGACGUCCGCGUCGACAAGCUGCAGACGUCGGCCGACGACGCCAGCGUCGUGAGCGUGUACCCGUCGGGGUCGUGCAGCACGAGCAAGGUCGACGCCGAGGACCUCGGCGCCGUGUACAUCGGGUCGAUCGUCUGCGUCGACUCGUACGCGUCGGCUGCCGACGCCGGGCGCGUCGUGCUCCAGUCGACUGGGAUUUUGCACGCGAGCACGGACGACGGCGGCGCCGUGACCUACUUCAACUCGACGCCGGCGCAGUUGCCCAAGACGCGCCGCCCGCACAAGUGGUUCCGCUUCGACAGCCCCAACGUGCACGCAACGACGACGAACGAGUACGCGACGACAACGCUCCUGCCGACGCCCCGCGCCGAGCCCAUUGCCAUCGUCUUUACGCCGCGUGUGCACGGCUUUAGCUGGAGCUGGGGCGGCUGGACGGCGCUCAACACAGCGCCGACGGUCGUGUCGGCCUCGAUGGAAGCCACGUCGCUUGUCGCCUGCGCCGCGCUCGUCCUCCUUGCGGCCUUUGUCGCCAUCAAGCGUGUCGCGCGCGGACGCUACCAGCGCAUUCAGUAAGAUAUGGCUUUUGGUCGGAAUGUAUCAAGCUAAUAUCAAUUCAGCACCGUUUUGUGUCCAA